AUGAUGCUCAGAAUCCGAAGCAGAGAUGGAUUGGAGCGAGUCACAGCCGAUGGAGCUCAUAUCACAGUUUCCCAGCUCAAAAGCUUAAUCGGGGAUCAGCUCCAGAUCCCUCUCCAUAGCCAGACCUUAUCCACCAAUCGUGAUCUUCUCCUCGCCAAAACUCCCACUGAUCUACUCGCCUUCACCGACCUCUCCGACCCCAACCUCCCCCUCUCCUCUCUGAAUAUCGGCCAUGGCUCUGUGGUCUACCUCGCCUACGAGGGGGAGCGCACGAUUCGUGGAGGUCCUGCAGUCACGCCCGCCGGAUCGUUCGGGAGGAAGAUGACCGUCGAUGACUUGAUCGCACGCCAGAUGCGAGUCUCUCGUCAGGAGAAGUCUCACUGUGACUCCGUCUCCUUGGAUCGUGAUUGCGCCAACGCCUUCCAGCACUACGUCAACGAGUCGCUCGCGUUUGCGGUCAAGCGCGGUGGGUUUAUGUAUGGCACCGUCGCCGAGGAAGGACAGGUGGAAGUUGAUUUCAUAUACGAGCCGCCGCAGCAAGGGACGGAGGCGAACCUGAUUCUGAUGAGAGAUGCCGAGGAAGAGAAGCGCGUGGACGCAAUCGCCAUGGGCUUAGGGAUGAGGAGGGUCGGUUUCAUAUUUAGCCAGACUGUGAUGCAGGACAAGACUGAGUACACGCUGUCGAACGCGGAGGUCUUACAGGCGGCGGAGCUUCACGCCGAGAGCGAGUUGCAGGAGUGGGUCACGGCCGUGGUGAAACUGGAGGUCAAUGAGGACGGUGGCGCCGAUGUCCAUUUCGAGGCGUUUCAGAUGAGCGAUAUGUGCAUCAGGCUGCUCAAGGAAGGGUGGUUCGAGACGGAGAUUGGGCCGGACGAUGAUCCCAAGCUCUCUAAGAUGAACAAGGAGGUGGUUGUUGGUGUCAAGGAUGUUAAGGAGGUGGAUAACGAUUUCUUCCUCGUAGUCGUCAAGAUAUUGGAUCAUCAGGGACCUCUAUCAUCAACAUUUCCAAUAGAGAACAGGAGCAUUCGGGCAACGAUGCGGGCUCUCAAAACCCAGCUGGACCGUGCAAAGAGCUUGGCGUUGGUGAAGAGGAUCUCAGAUUUUCAUCUGCUUCUCUUUGUGGCUCAAUUUCUGGACGUGUCAUCGGACGUCCCUGCCUUAGCGGAGUGCGUGCGUCUGCAAUCGCCUGUUCCCGAGGGCUAUGCGUUGCUCCUCGAGUCCAUGGCCAAUACUUGUUAA